AUGGUAGAAACCAACACGAACCACGCACGCCAUGGAGGAGGCUAUGUGCCCGGCAGCCCGUGGCAGCAGCCGGCAUACCCGCCCCCGCCCCAGAACCUGCCGCCGCCGCCUCAACAGCAGCCCGGAAUGCACUACGCUCCGCCCGGACAGUCGCCGACCGGACCGUCGCGAUCGGGUGACAACAUACUGAAGCACCCGGACACGGAUGUUUCUGUGGUCGAGACGUCCCAGGCACAGGCAGCGCCGCUGGCACUUACACGCCGGCCGCAAGGCAUCGUGAAUGCGCUCAACCCUCGCUCGCGCUUCCGCUGGAAGUCGCCACAUUUCUACCAGGAGCCGGCAUGGAAGUACGACCCCAACGCCGGCCACAGGCACCGGGAUGCCAUGGCACGGGUGUGGCAGGGGGCCGAAGACGACCGGUACCUCAGCCCGUACGACGGGCACAUCGCGAAGCUGGUCGUGCAGUGCACCGACGACAUCUACGAGAACCCGGGCAACUCGACGUACCGCCGCACCUACAUCCGCAACGUGAGCACCAAGAUGCUGCGGCUGGCCAACUGGCCCACGAGCCACUUCGACUUCGCCAAGGGCGAGUACACGGAGCACGGCACGGGCUGGAUGGUUGCCAAAUGGAUCCCGGCCUGCCUGGCCCUGACAGUCUGGAUUGUCUUCUACGACGACGGCGCCCAGGUGCGCAACGGCGGAAACUACGACGUCUUCCCGUACAGAUACCACAGCUACGCAAAGGUGGCCCGCAACGCCCUCGAGUAUCCCAGCCACAGCGUCCUACCACACGGGACCCCCAACACGGCCACCGAGGCUCGGAACCCCGUCAUGGAGAGGCUGCUGAGCCCGCGCUACCUCUGCGUGCUGCGGGAGCCGUCGGACAAGAAGACCAACCAGGGGGUGAGCAUCCAAAAGGUGGACGAGGACGGCAGCCACAACAGCACGGCGGGCAGCUACCUCUUCGUGGCGUACACGGCGGAGCAGUUCAGCCACGGGUCCGAGGAGGACAUGCGGGCGCUGCACGCCAUCGCCGAGACGGCGACGCGGGCGGCGGGGCUGGCGGCGUACUGGAUCGGGUGCAGCUGCAUGCCCGACGCCAGCGAGAUGGAAGACGACGUGUUCCGCAUCAGCGACGUGAUCCGGGGCGCGGCGGGGCUCUGCGUCGCCGUGGGGCCGCGCUCCGGCUCCACGGCCAUCCAGUGCGACGAGCAGGACACGUGGGACAUGCUGCGGCAGUGGGGGGCGCGGCUGUGGACGUUCCCCGAGGUGCUGCUGAGCCGCGGCGGCGCGCCCAUCGCCGUGUACCGGCGCGGCCAGCUCGACAGCCCGCUGGUGGUGGGCAAGCGGCAGUUCGCGCAGCACGUGUGGCACGACGCGCGCGUGGCGCGGCAGCUGGUCGACCACUACGAGGGCAGCCUGACGCUGAGCCGGCUGGAGCUGGCCAUCGUGGCGCUGCGCUGCCUGCACAGCCGCACCACCGUCCAGUACCUGCCGGGCGACCACUCGUACGCGCUCAUGGGCCUGCUGCGCGUGCGGCCCCGGGUCGACCACACCGACUCGGCCUUCCAGGCCUUCGCCCGCCUGUCCCUGGCCAACGACAGCGACAUGCUGCUGGAGCGCCUGGUGUGCACCCUGCCCAAGCGGCCCGACCAGCACUGGUCGUGCAUGGACGACGCCUGGGACGCCAGCCUGUGGGACAUAUACCCGCAGAUCCAAAUCGCCGGCAUCUGCUCCGACGACGCCGUCAUCAUCGACAACGCCCUCGGCGCCUCGAUCCGGUGGAAGUCGUUCGCGCCGGUCAAGAACCUGCGGCGCACGUCGUGGAAGCGCCUCUUCGCCCAGCUGCUGCUGCACUCGUCGGGCAUCCUGCUCCUCAUGGCCAUCGUGCUGCUCUCCACCCCCUACACCCGCGCCGCCGGCGUCGUCGUCUUCCUCAUCUCCUUCCCCUGCGUCGCCGCCGCGCCGCGCCUGCUGCGCCUGCUGUACUCGGGCAAGUUCUGGUACUCGCAGCCGUGGUUCUUCGGCUUCGAGGGCUACAUGGACGUCGCCACCAUCGAGUCGCAGAUCUGGGGCGCCCGCCUCGGCCGCCUCGAGUGGUCCGCCUUCGGGAGCCCCCUGGCCCGCCACCAGCGCAACGCCCACGGCGAGCGCGUCGGCGUCGAUCCCACCACCGAUCCCGCCGUGGCCGCCGUCGUCGAGGCCGCCAAGACGGCGAGUCCGAACGAGGAGCGUAUCUUCACCCUCAUCGACACGCGCACCAUGGAAGUCAUCCUCUUCCAGGCCGUCCGCCCGCCCGUCGGCAUCCUCGUCUGCGGCAGCGAGGGCGGCAUGCAGCGCGCCGUCGGCGUCUCGUACGACUGGACCACCGCCACCUGCUACCGCGAGGCCGUCUUCCGGCUCGACUCGACCGUGCACGACAAGAUGGACCGCGUGCCGCGCACAAAGGUGGGGCUGACGCGGCCGGCCACGCGCGCGAGGUUCGUCGGGGACGCGGCGGCCUGA